AUCCUUCAUACUCCUCACUACCUCUCUUCUUCCCUCAACCGCCGCUCUCUUUCCCACCCUACGCGCGCUUUUCCGAUGGCACCGAAGAAGGAUAAAGCUCCUCCCCCAUCAUCCAAGCCGGCGAAAUCCGGUGGCGGCAAGCAGAAGAAGAAGAAGUGGAGCAAGGGAAAGCAAAAGGAGAAGGUGAACAACAUGGUGCUGUUUGAUAAGGCAACCUACGACAAGUUGCUCUCCGAGGCACCUAAAUACAAGCUCAUCACUCCUUCCGUUCUGUCCGAUCGUCUCAGGAUCAGUGGAUCACUGGCCAGGAAAGCAAUUAGGGAGCUUAUGGCUAGGGGUUUGAUCAGAAUGGUGUCAGCUCAUGCAAGCCAGCAGAUAUACACCAGGGCCACUAACACCUAGGUGUUACAUUUUAGUGUAUUACAGAGCUUCAAAUGGGUUUUGUCUGAUUAGAACUUUGAUUUUUUAGCUUUAAUGUUGCUGCAAGAGAUGUUAAACUUGAGGUAUCAACUAUUAUAGUGUUGCUCGGUUUUUUUUGUCACAGAUUUUUAUUGAUAUUCGACUCUAUAAGCCUGCAUUUUCUCAUGAUCACAAUAUGGUUGUACCCACAAAUUAUUUAAACUAUUUUGUUCAUCAA